UAAUUCCACGAUCUAGAAUUCAUCAUGUUUUGUCUCAUUGAGAAUCUGUCUGGGCUUGUGUCUAUCUGGCCAAGGCUUGGUAUUUGAUCACAGGUAUGUAGGACUACAAAACUGGAGCGAAUGUUACACUGAGAAUCAAGCCGGUACAAUAUUCGCAUACCUUGAGUGAAAGCUGAACAGUCGUUGGGAGGAUGCAUCAGGAAACUUUCCAUUGCAUUGCUACUUUCGAGCUUUACGGGUACCGUAACAAUGCCAGUUUGAAUAAAUGAAGCAGUGGGCGAAAAGGCGGUAUGCUAUGGCUUAUGUGCCAGGCGUCAUUCUCAGUCAUGGUGCUCGUCUCUUGAAGUAUUUCCUAUCAGGUGAGAGAGAAGAGUUUAGUGCUUUUGUCGGCUCGUGGGAAGCGGAUGCAUUCGAUGCCAUGAGAUUCCUACAAAACAUCAUGCCUGGACUGCUCAGAUGGAAGUUUUCUCAACACGCUACACUCAUUCAAGAGAUGAACCAAGUUUACUCUUCCAAUGGCUAA